UAUCAUUAUUGUGGUUAUGAGGAAAUAGAUCGGGGACAAACGUCGCGUCAGGUACGAGACUAGAGCGCGCGCGGCAGUCUGUAGGUCUAUAUCCUUACAUCGGGGGGUUUAUUUUUAUUCUAUUCAAUUUCAUUGAGCUGGACAUGACCGAGGAGCGUGUUUCGGAUAAAUCAAGACGUGGUUUUAUGGUUUUCUGAUGAUGACCAUGAUGAUGAUGAUGAUGAUGAUGAUGAAGCUUUCUGAAGACUGACAGGACUUACUGGUGUCUGUGGAGCGAUGCUGUCGCUCAUGCUCCUCUUACUUUACUGGUGGAGCUACAGUGAAGCUUCCCUGGAGUCCUUACACUCUGCAGCCCAUGAAGGAGAUGGCCCAAGGCCAUACAUAUAUUACUGCCGCUCUCCGAACAUGGAAACUUUUACUUGCUGGUGGCAUCCCCUUGACAACAGUCUCCAGGGAGAUGACAACAUCACCUACAGGCUCCUCUACACCCUUGGUAAUGGGCCUCCAACAGAGUGCCCCGACUAUGUGAGCAGCGGACCGAACAGCUGUUACUUUGACACCGUGCACACAGUGGUUUGGGAGGUGUACUGUCUGAAUGUAACAGCAUACAGCAGCAGUGGUUCUUUCACCUCUAACGAGCACUGUUUGGACGUGGCCGAUAUCGUCGAGAUCGAUCCGCCUUUUAACCUCACGUACACUUUAUUGAACAUGACCAAGGAUGAAGCAUGUUGCACCGUUCUUGUGUCCUGGCAGUACCCCAUCGCCCAACAUGUCCAAAUUGGGUGGAUUACACUCGUCUAUGAGCUACGUUACAGAGCGGUCUCUGAGCCCAAUAACUGGAAGGUUAAGGAGCGGCUGCGCGAACCCCAUCUGGAGCUUCUAGGCUUGUCGGUGGGGAGUUAUGAGGUCCAAGUGCGCUGCCGCUCGAAAAACAACAAUCUGUGGAGCAAGUGGAGCGCCCCAAUUACCGUUGACAUUCCUUCCAGACACACGCCUGGUCACAUGCUGUACAUUUCUGUACUGCUGGCUACCAUUGUAGUCAUAAUUGUGCUUAUCACUGGGCUUUGGGUCAUUCCACAAGGCAAGAGGAUAAAAGCAUUCCUACUGCCACCUAUCCCCAAACCCUGCAUCAGAGGAAUCGAUCCCAUACUUCUAAAGAAAGGCAAGAUGGAUGAAAUCAAUCAGCACUUUUCCUCCCUGCAAGGCUACAAAGUACCACACUACAGUGGGGAGUCAGUGUACGAGGUCAGCCUGGAUGAAGGUAUCUCUUUAUCCCAAAGGAGCUCCAUGUCUAGCAUCCAAGAAGUUAGCGAGAUACAAGGCAUACAAAGCCCUGCCUGCACUGAAGGACAACAACUACUCCAAACCCCUGACAGCCCCAACCCGUACUGUCAAGGCCCCCCCUACUCUACGAAAGAGUCUUCAGAGGUGGCCAUGAGCCCUGAAACCCUUUUGUGGGCUUGGCCGAUGAAAAGCAACACGCAGCCCAAGUUGCUCUCGUUCCCAGGUAUGGAUUACAGCAUGAUUAUAGGGCCUGGCCCUAAAAGUACCAAUGCUCCCACUGCUCAGGAAUUCUACACCUGUGUUCAUGGAGUAACCGAUGACGAGAUGGUGCAGCUGGUGCCCUGCAUGUCAGAUUUACUCAAAGGCUCUCCAUAUUUUGACCUAAAGGAUAAACCAGAGGAGGACACGGAGAAGCUCAGCCAGUUAACAGCAUACUUGGAGAAACGGAAAGAGCUUCAAAACAAUGAAAUAAGGUUGAGCGCAGGAGAGGAGAAGCAGAACGAGUACGUUGUGCCUUUAUUACCCCAACCGACGGAAAGGAGCUAAACGAUGAAUCCAUGAACAGCUUUCAAAAGUUUCUGUGACAGAAAAAGAAAUCAGGUGUAGACCGAAAUUGGGUUGUAUUGCCGUUCAUAGCUGAAGUUCAAGAAAACUAUUUGAAAUGUGUUGGCCACCUUCAUUUUAAGGUGGUGUCAUUAUUGUAAUGUGGCCACUAGGUGGUGUAAUUAUUAUGCUUUCGGAUUGUUCUGACUGUUGAAAGUUUCUCAAAUUCAUAUAAAACUAUCACUUAUUCGAUUUUGGAAUUGAUCCAAACAGGCUCACGAUCACAGCAACAAUUCUUGUUUGCAGAACAUUUGAAACCCUUUUCAGGCGAGCUAUUGAGCACGUUAUUAUCCAGAGAAAUUAGAAUCGUUGGCAGCACAGCCAACACCACUGGUUGUCCUAACUGUUUGGAUCUCAGUAUCUAAUUAUCCAUGACAUUUUUAAUGGGAACUAACUAUCUAAAACAUGAUCAAAGCAGAGAAAAAGCACACAUCUUUAGCCAGACGGGCUGAUUUUAAGGAGGGAUUGUUAAACCCGGUGAUCAUUGUGAUCUAUGCCCAUGGUUUCCAACCUGGGGUCCACACCCCCCUCAGGGGGGUACAAAAAUGCAGGGUGUGUUAAAAGUUAUGAGGAUUUUAAACAAGAUCAUAGUUAUACAAUUACAGUAUAAUAAAAAACUUUAUUUAAAAUGAUCAAAUUAUUAUUUUUAUAUAAAUAUAUAUCUAUAUAUAUUUUGUGUAUAUGGGCUGGGCUGAGCUGGUAUAGGUUGUAGCCAGGAGGGGCUCAGCUCUUCUUAAAUCCAAGCAGGGGACCUCCAAGGAAAAAUGCGGCAUUAGGAGGAAAAUGACUGAAAUAAUCAUUUACACUUUAGUUUGGUAUAUCAUAUUUAGGUCACAUUUCUGACAUUAAGCUGAAUUUUGGUCCGAACCCAAUUUUCCAAUCUUUUUCCAGAGUUGCUUUCUUUUCAU